AUGAAAACCAUUGAUAUACUUCUUGUAUUGAUAUCAUGUAUUGUCAUUCUUGUUCCAAAAUUUUAAUGUUGCCCUUAUAGUGAAUAUGAAUAAGCCUUAAUUCCUGUAGACUCACCUAUUGAUUUUAACUAUUUUGAUUCUUUUGUUACUUUGGAUGUGGGGGAUUCAUUUGGUUUUGGUUUUUGGAGUUUAUGCAUUCCAUAAUAAACUUUUUAGAAUAUUCCUACAGUAGACAAGAAAUAUAUUGUAACAGAUCCUGAAUUUGGACAAUUAUUAUUUUUAGUUUAGGGAAGUUCAAGUAAUUCAGUGAUAGGAUUCUUGAGAAUAGAUUACCAAACUUUGUUAGUUUAUAAUACAAUAAUGAUUUUAGGAAGCAACAUGUAAGUUCUACAAUUUGAGUAUUAAACAUUUAAUUAUGAAGGCAGAUGGAUUCUGAACUUCAUUACAUUUAAUUUCUCUUAAGGGAAAAUCAUAAUUGAAAUGAGUGGUCAAAUCAGUUAGAUAGGGACAAUGAAUAUAGGAUAAUAAUAUAUUUAAAUAUUUCAAGGAGGGAGUGGAAAUGUAAUAUAUAUUUAUUUAUAUAAAAUUAGAUUGAGGGUCUUAAUCUAAAUAUUUUUAAAGGAAGAUUAUCAAAAAUCUCUGUUAGCAAGAUUGAAUAUGUAGGUUAGGAUUUGUUUUCUUAUAUGAAUGAUAAUUGUUAAGUACCUCCUCAAAUGCAAGAAGAACAAAUAACAUACUUUGUCAAAGGAUUGUAAAUCUUUGAAGGUGAUACUUCUCUCUCAUAUACUAUAAAUUAAUUUGGAAGUAAGUUCUGCUUAUCAGGUUGGGUCAAAUAUGAUACAUCAAGAGUCAUACAACUUUCUAUAUUCCCAUUGAUUAGAAUAAGUCUUUUUAAAAAUUAUUUUGACAGAUUAAGAAUGGGAGAUGAAAUAUUUUUAAUGUAAGUCUGGUUUUAUAAGCUUAUACCUAAAUUUACAUAGAUUGUCUUAUAUUAAGACUAUCAUAAGAUUCCAAUCAUGGGACUAAAUGAUUUUGAGAUUUUGACAAUAAUAAUUGAUGAAUUGCGUGAUUAUUCUUCUGAACUUUAUUUCAAAGGACUACAGUAAUGGCAUUUUGUUAAAUAUGAAUAUGGUUCUACAAUACCUGGAAGGAAGAGUUUGCUUUAAAUUCAAUUCUUUAAUGAGUUAAAUUUAUUGGAGAUUUCUCGUGAUAUUUCUGUUCCAACCAAUUCUCCUUAUUAUGUUUAUUUGGGAGCAGAUGAAUUUAUUAAUGAAUUAUUAUAUGCAUCGCUUUUCGAUUUUAAAUUUGAAUACAAUUAUGUUGAUGAAAAACAGUUACUUUUAAAUGGUAUAAUAUAUAAUUUUAUUUUUUUAUAGCUUGUCAUUACUCCUGCUUAAAAUGUGAUGGACCACAAGAAAACAAUUGUAAAAGUUGUGAUGCUGAUUCUAACAGAUACUUUUUAAAUGAAUAAAAAAGGUGUUAAUGCUUACAUGGAUUUAUUGAUAUUCAAGAUGAGAAAGUGUGUUAAACAUUUGAAUAUCAUUAUUCAUCAGUAGAGAAACAAGAAGGAUUGCCUCAUAGUAUUUCAUCAUGUUAAUUUGGAUAUUUUGUAUAUCCAAAUGAAAGUGGUUCAAAUGAUUGUAUAAAAUGGUAUUUAUAUAUUAAAUAUUUUCAGUCCAUAAUCUAAUUUUUAAGACAUAUUAUGUGUAGAUUGCAUAUAUUAUCCAUUGACUUGGUAUUUAAAACCAAUUUGCAAAUUCGAUUUAAUAUCAGAAAAAUUAGCAGAUAAUGAUGCUUUUAAAUAUAAACAAAGAGAUCUCUAGGAUUAUGAUUUUUAUUUGAUUGAUCAAAAUAAAGAGUUAUCCCUUUAUCCAGGUUACUUAGAUUUUUGUGAAUUAGAAUUAGACUCUAUCAACUGUUUUCAAGCAAGGUAUUAACAUUUAGAAUAAAAUAUUUAUGUCAAAUGUAAGCCUAAUUACUAUAAAUCAAAUGGAGAUUGUAUAUUAACUAAUAUUAGUUGCUUAUUGGCAUCUUUAGAUGGAAGUUGUCUACAAGUUAAAGAUGGUAUGUAUUUACAUAAUUGUCAAUAUUAUAAAUGCCCUUUAAAUUGUUUGACUUGUAGUUAUAAUUAUGAAUCAAACUCUCUAUAAUGUCAAUCCUGUAUUGAUCAUUAUGCAUUAGAUAAUGGAAGUUGUCUUCCUUGUGGUUCUUACUGCAGUUUAUGCUAAAAGUACUAUGAUAAAACUAUUAAUAAAUACUAUUUAAAAUGUUACAAGUGUUUAGAUGAUUCAAAAUAUUAUCUAUCAUUUGAUGGUAUUAGUUGCUUUAAAAAUACUAUAAAGCACUGUGAUUAUGCAUUUUAGGCUUUAUAAAACAAUUAUUAAAUUAAUACACUUGAUCUCUAUUUUACACCUAGAGAUGAUUGGGGAUAAUAUUAUUAUAACUUGUGGGAGAUGUGAAUAUGGUUAUGGAGUUAUACUUGAUUCUUAUAAAUGUCUGAAAAUGAAAGAUGAAAAUUGUUAUUUUUCUUAUGUUGAAUAUAUUUGCGAUACUAUCAUAGAUUAAGCUAUCCUUGACUACUUGAAAAAUAGAUAGUACUAUGUAACCUCUAGUGGUGAAAAGAUAACUGUGGCUUAUGAUGAUAACAUUGCUAUCUGUUCAUCAUUAUAAUAUUGUUUAAUCCAUCAACAUUAUUAUGAACAUGAGACGGUCAAAAUCAAUUAAUUUACUGGACAAUGCCCUGGAUAGAUAGAAAAUUGUGCAACCUGUUUAAGAGAGAAGGUGUAAUCGUGGGCUCUUGUUCAUAUUUGUCUUGAAUGUAAGAGUGGAUACUAUGCAGAAAGAAUAUCAGGUAAAUGUUACUAAUGUCCAAUUGAAUUAAAUUGUUAUAAUUGUGCCCAUCAGUAAAAACUAUCAAAAGAUUACUGGAAAAUAAAUAUAAGAGCAUUCUACUAAAUUUUAAUUAAUUUUGAUGAUAAUCAUGCCUUUAAACUUAAUUCUCAAAGUGAAAACAAGAAUGAUUAUGAAAUUAUUUGUACUAUGUGUAUUAAAGGAUAUGAAUUAGUAGAUUAAAAGUGCAUAAAGGCCUGUCCUGACUCAUGUUUGGAGUGUUAAUUUAUAGAUGGUGAGAAUAAAUGCAUUAGAUGUGAGCUGGAAUAAAAAGGUAGAAAAUUAAGUUUAUCUAAUAAUUAAUGUAUUGCAUGUCCAUAAAAUUGUGGAUUAUGUAGAAUUAGAUCAUAGGAUGAAAUCUAAUCAAUUAAUCCUCUUUUUAACAAUGAUAAAUACAAUACUAAUACUUAUCAGUGUUUAAAAAGUUUUGUAGAUUAAGACUAUUAUUAUGAUUAAGAAUUGGGAAGUUUUGUUUCAUGCAUAAAUGGUAAUCAAUGUGAAUAAAAGAUGAUAAUUCCUCUUAAUUUGUAUUGUUCUUAGUAAGAUUAUACAACAGCGUUAGAUUCCAUAUAGUCAUCUUAUCAAAAAACUCAAUUCAAAUAAUAAAAUAUAUUUUUAGAAGAUCUUAUAUCUGGAAAUAGUUUUAAACAAGUAAUUAUAAUAAAUAAUUUAUUUUAGUUUGAAACUGAUGAUUUUUAUAUGUAAGCCAACUUAAUGUUAAUUAAAACAAUGAUUAUAAAUGUUGUAAGUGUCAAACCACAAAUAUGCAAAAUUUAAGGAAAUGCUAUAAUUCAACAAGUAUUUAGUGCUAAUAUAUUUUCUACUAUGUAAAUAUUAGACUUAUUUUAGAAAUGUUGAAUUAAAUAUCUAACUAAAUUAAAAUACUAUAAUUGAGUUUGAAAGAUAAAUCAUUUUUUAAAAUUUUAAUUAAAUAACAAUCAAAGGUGGUCACUUUUAACCAUUAUUUAACAACAGAUUAAAAUCUAUAAUAUUUUAAAGUAUAAUGCCCUAAACAAUAAUCUUAGACAAAAUUUAAUAUCAACAAUAAACUUAAUAAAAUGAUUAAUCUAGAUUCCUAUUUUAUGAUGUAAAAUAGUUAAAUCUAAUCAAUUUCAAAAUAUUUGAUCUUAUGCAAAAUACCACCAAUCAAUUUUUAUAUAUUGAGGAAACUCCUUAUUUCAAAUCAAUAAAACUCUAGUCUUUUGAGAUUCUUAAUUCCAUCCUUCUAAAUUAAAAAACUCUCUUUUUUAAUUUAAAUAAAUAUGAUAACAUUGAAAUAGUAGAUUUGAUAGUGAAUGCAAAAUUUUCAAAUUCAACAUUAAUAGAUACAAAUUAAUCAAAAUAAUAUGGAUCUCUUGUUGCUAAUAAUUUAAAACUAUAAGUUGAAGUACUAAAUUGUCCAACCUUCCUAAACUUAUAUCUUUUUCAAGAGGUUGCACUUUAAGAAAUCUAAUUUACACAUUCAUUAAUUUAAAAUUCUACACUUAUAAUUCUUAAUAAUAAUAAUCGAAUUCAAGAUCUUAUCAUUGAAGAUUGUAAAUUUAAAGAAUUUAGUUAUGGAGUUAUAAAUUCUGAUUAACUUCAAUUGAAUAAUUUACAAAUUGAAUUAUCAAAUGUUAUUAUUGAGCAGAAUGAAUAUCAUCAAACAACUAAAUUGUUCUCCUUUAAUAAAUAUAAUAAUGGAUAUUCAAAAAUCUAAAUUAAUAAAAUUAUGAUAUCAAAUAAUUAUGUAUCAUUCAUUACUAAGGAUUUUAAAUUAAACACAUAUAACUCCUGUUUUAUCUAUAUUUCAUUUGAUGAUAUAGAAAUAUCUGAGUUGGAUAUAAUUCGAGGAAUUGGAUUAAUAGAUAUUAGCAUUGUUGAGGCUAAAUCUUUAAGAAUAACCUCUACCCUUCUAGUUUGA